AGAGAUAGGAAGUGAGGCUGACUCAGACUGACAGAGCAGCCUGCAUUCGCAGCAGCCCCGAGCGGCCACUGCUAGCCCUCUGUACCCCCUCCCUCCCUCUCUCUCUGUGUUCAGCUUAGCCCCACACUCAAUUUUGACCUGACCACCUGUUGAGAGCGGCUUCUCAUUAAAGUCUCGUCGUUUUUCGGGGAAGGUUCUUUUCCCUUUAAUUUCGUUACAACAUCUCUGGCAGCGCUCCGUCCCAUUGCAUUCCAACAAUCUUCCGAGAGUUUACCGAGAGCGGAGAGAGCACGGAUACUGAGCCCGCCGGUGGAGCAGCAGUCGGCCUGCACUCUUGCUCGAGCCUCCCCCCGGCAAUGCAAGCUGCCACAUGGAGUAGCCUCGGAGAACAGCACGCUUCGCCUCUGAGUCCCGGCUUCACCUCCUGGAAAUCGGCCGCGCUUCCUAAGAACUUGGGGAUAACAACGACUGGGAGUGGUGCUUUCUCUCCCUCUUUGAACACCAGCUCCAACUUCUCCGUCAACAAUAAGUAUGCAUUACUCAACAGCCCGAGCCUAAAGUCACAGGAUUGCGUCCAGUACAAACCCCACGUCCACUCGACGCUCGAAUAUUUUGCAAACUCCGUGCACCCCCGGGUCGACAUGGCUCACUAUCACGAUUCUUGGUUCAGACCCCCUCCCCAGGGUGGGGCAGCUGAGGACGGGGGUCUCUCGGCCACCUGGUGGGACCUACAUGCAGGCUCCAAUUGGAUGGAUCUUCAGAACAACCAGGCGGGACUUCAAAACUCCCCCCACCCGGGUGCCCUGCAGCCCCCUUUAGGGGGCUACGGGUCCGACCAUCAAAUCUGCGGGACCCCGACCCACCUGAUCCAGUCAGGCCAAGUCAUGAUCAACCAGGACGGCUAUAAGCAAACCGAGCCCAUGCAGGAGCCGCUGCUCCUCAACCAGACCUUGGAAGGAGCUGGGAGGGCAAAGAUUUCCAGGCGUUCCCUAUCCCGGAGCUCGGCGCAGGGGAACUGCCGCUGUCCUAACUGCUUGGAGGCCGAGAGACUGGGCUCAGCCACGGAUGGAAGCAGCAAGAAGAAGGUGCUUCAUAACUGCCACAUUCCGGGCUGCGGCAAAGCCUACGUGAAAACCUCUCACCUGAAGGCUCACCUCCGGUGGCACAGCGGCGACCGGCCGUUCGUCUGUAACUGGCUCUUCUGCGGCAAGCGCUUCACCCGCUCGGACGAGCUGCAGCGGCACCUCCAGACCCACACGGGCUCCAAGAGGUUCUUCUGCCCCAUCUGCAACCGGGUCUUCAUGAGGACCGACCACCUCACCAAGCACUUGAAAACGCACGGGGAAAGCGGGCAGCCCCCCGGCAAAGAGAGCGCCGGCGAGGCUAGCAAGUGCGCGUCGAUCCCGCCUCGGUCCCAGUCUCCAGGGGACAUCCAAAGAGACUGUGAGGGCAAGGGGAUCAGCGAUGGGAUCCCAGUUACUGACCGACAGCAAAAUUAAAGACUUCAAAAAGAAAUGUUUAAAAACCCUCACGUAUGAAUUAGUUGCACUUGUGAACUGCUGUAUGGUGUCCCAGAGUGAGGUUUUGAAGGAAGUUCAACAAAUGUUCCACUGACCCGAUUCUCUUACAUUGCGCAGGGGACGCUUAAAGCGGCUGAGAAAUCAGUUUUCAUCUCUUUGGGACCAAAAAUCUUAAUAGGAUAACUGGGCGCCGGCUCGGUCCCGAACUAGCUUCCUCCCUUCGCAAAACGGUGCAGUAAUCUGUCUCAUGCACAUCCUGCGGCCAAAUAUUUCACCAUCCAGCAAUCUUCUGUGGAAAGAAACUGGCUCAGUGUGUCUCCUCAUUCUCUCCAUAACAAUUUUAAGUUAAUGUAUCACUGAUACCCCCGACCAGAGGAAAUUAUCCUUUCUUAUUCACUCCAUCGAGAGGAAUUUGUAAUUUGUUCAUUUAUAUUUAGUAAUUUCCUUUCAUAUAUAAAAAAUCUAUUAAAUCUACUGUCUUUCUGCUCAAUGUGGAAUUAGUCGUGAUGUUUCACUUCUGCCCUCAUAGCUGUAGCUCUCCACUCCUGGAAUCCUCCUUUACUCUCCAUGAUUUUACCAACCCAAUUGGAAACUGACGUGUUGUUAAUUUCUGAUUUAAUUACAAGGCGAGUGUCCCUGUAAUAUCCUUCUGUCUGUUUCAUCUCCCUGUUCCACAUUUAAAGCCAGAAAUUUGAUUAGAGAUGUUCUUAUUUGAACAACUGGGAGAAUAAAGGGCCAUAACUACAGCAGUUGUUGCAUUUUGAGUUCCCUCCUACAGAACAGCAAUUUCUGAAAACAAACUGCACAGACCAUGAGGGUAAGCUGCACGUCCGGAGAUGAUAUAUCUGUCUCAGUAAGAGUUUUGUAAUUUAAAGAAAGAUACACAGUUCUUAUUUACAAUUAAAAUUAAAUU